AUGGUAUCCAGCGCAGAUAUUGGCUACUUGCGUCGAUGUGUGAACCUAGCCCGCGAAGCGGUUGAGGCGGGUGACGAUCCGUUCGGGUCAGUGCUUGUAGAUGCCACCGGCAAGAUUCUCAGGGAGGAUCGUAACCGAUGCAACACUGAGGCAGACGUCACCUUGCAUCCGGAGUUCACGCUGGCCAUUUGGGCCCAAAAGCACCUGACGCCCGCCGACCGCGCUACUGCCACCGUCUACACUUCUGGUGAACACUGUCCAAUGUGCACGAGUGUGCACGCAUAUGCGGGUUUGGGACGAAUCGUCUAUGCUAGCUCGUCAGCUCAACUUAUUCUGUGGAGGACGCAAUUAGGCUUGAAAGCUGGACCGGUGGUUCCGCUCCCAGUCAAUCAGGUUGCGCCGGGCCUGAUCGCUGACGGCCCGGCUCCAGGUCUGGAUGAAGAGGUUCAUGAGCUGCAUCGCCUGAAGCAUGCUCGAGAGAUAGCCGAAUCAUAG